GAGCGGCUCCUCAAAAUUUCAAAUUAUCAGAAGAUUCAGAGCACACUAUCCCGCUCUCCUUUAACACUUCUCAAUUCUCACACACUCCACACACUGAGAGGAGAGAGAACUUUUACACUCAUUCAAUUUCACUCGUACAUACACGGCCAACCGGAGAUGUCGAGUCGUCACGAGAAAGAGAAGGGCGUCAAUGUCCAGGUUCUCCUUCGUUGCAGACCGUUUAGCGAGGAUGAGUUGCGGAACAAUGCGCCGCAGGUUGUGUCGUGCAAUGAAUACCAGAGGGAGGUCUCGGUCUCCCAGAGUAUUGCCGGAAAGUACAUUGAUAGGGUUUUUACUUUUGACAAGGUGUUUGGACCUAAUGCUCAACAGAAGGAUCUUUAUGAACAAGCAGUAGUUCCAAUAGUAAAUGAGGUUUUGGAAGGUUUCAACUGUACAAUCUUUGCCUAUGGACAAACUGGCACAGGAAAAACUUACACAAUGGAGGGUGAAUGUAAGCGUUCAAAGAGUGGCCCAACUGGAGAGUUGCCCCCAGAAGCUGGAGUGAUACCCAGAGCAGUAAAGCAAAUAUUUGAUACAUUAGAGGGUCAAAAUGCAGAAUACAGUGUGAAAGUCACUUUCUUGGAGUUGUACAAUGAAGAAAUCACCGACUUGUUAGCCCCUGAAGAAUUAUCUAAAGUUGCUCUGGAGGACAAGCAGAAAAAACAAUUACCACUCAUGGAAGAUGGGAAAGGUGGUGUUCUUGUCAGGGGACUAGAAGAGGAAAUUGUAACAAGUGCCAGCGAGAUUUUCACUUUACUUGAAAGGGGGUCUGCUAAACGCCGAACUGCCGAAACCUUAUUAAACAAACAAUCAAGUCGAUCGCAUUCUCUAUUUUCCAUAACAAUACAUAUAAAGGAAGCAACUCCUGAAGGUGAAGAAUUGAUAAAAUGCGGCAAGUUGAAUUUGGUUGAUUUGGCUGGUUCAGAGAACAUCUCUCGUUCUGGUGCUAGGGAGGGGAGGGCCAGAGAAGCUGGAGAAAUAAACAAAAGUUUGCUUACAUUAGGCCGAGUAAUAAAUGCUCUAGUGGAGCAUCUUGGACAUAUUCCUUAUAGGGACAGCAAGCUCACACGUUUGCUCCGUGAUUCACUGGGGGGAAGAACAAAAACCUGUAUUAUUGCUACAGUAUCACCAGCUGUUCACUGUCUUGAGGAGACCCUCAGCACAUUGGAUUAUGCCCACAGGGCCAAGAAUAUAAAGAAUAAACCUGAGGUCAAUCAGAAGAUGAUGAAAUCAACUCUUAUUAAGGAUCUCUACGGUGAAAUAGAACGGCUUAAAGCAGAGGUAUAUGCUGCACGCGAGAAGAAUGGGGUCUAUAUCCCUAAGGAACGAUAUUAUCAGGAGGAGAGUGAGAGAAAGGCAAUGGCCGAUCAGAUUGAACAAAUGGGAAUGACAAUUGAAAACUAUCAGAAGCAAAUAGAGGAACUUCAAGCAAAAUACAAUGAUCAGGUUCAAAUAUGCUCUGAUUUGAGCAACAAACUUGAUGUGACCCAAAAAAACUUAAACCUAACUAGAAAAAUGUUGGCUAACACUGAGGAUGACUUAAAACGAUGCCAAUAUUCCCUCAAGGAGCGGGAUUUUAUCAUAUCUGAACAGAAAAGAGCAGAAAAUGCUCUGGCUCUUCAAGCAUGUGUUUUGCGGGCUGAUUUGGAGAAGUCACAAAAGGAUAAUGCUUCACUAUUUCUUAAAAUCGACAGGGAGGACAAAUUAAACGCUGGUAACAGGUCAAUUGUGAACACUUUUCAAGCUGAUCUUUCUCAGCAGCUUGGUACUCUUUGUGACUCGCUGGCCUCAUCUGUGUCUCGACAAAGUGAACACCUCCAGUCUGUUGAGAAUCUCUGUAAUGCUUUUCUCCAAGUGCAUGAUAAGGCUUCUGUAGAAUUAAAGAAAAAAGUAAGUUCUUCAAGGGCUUUGUAUAUUUCUCAUUUUGAGGCUGUACAAAAUGUUGUCCGCUUGCAUAAAGCUGGUGCUAAUGCUGCAUUGGAGGAUCUGUCAGCUUUGGCUUACUCCCAUUCUAAAUCUAUCGAGGAUUUCUUAUCUGCAGAGACUAUUGAGACGAAAUCAGUUUUUGAUGAUCUUCAGGAAACUCUAUCAAGUCAUCAAGGGGAAAUGGCUCACUUUGCAAGAGAACUUCGGCAGAGAUUUAGUGCUAGUAAAGAGAACCUGAUGAGCACCUCAGAAUCCAUUCAUGGAUUUCUUGAUAAGCUUUUUGAAGAAUCAAAAAAACUUGAAUGCCAUGCAAAUCAAGUUGAUGAAAUACACAGCAUCGCUGAAUUUCGGAAGGCUUAUGAGGAACAAUCGAGAUCAGAAGCAGAGAAGCUUAUUGCUGACAUGACUUCUCUUGUCUUUGAUUGCAUGCAUCGUCAGAGAGAGAUGGUGCAUGCAAGGCUGGGUGAUCUUAAGGAUACAGCGGUUCGAAAUAAGAUGUUUCUGGAUGGACAUGUUUCAAUGAUGGAUGGCAUUACAAUGGAUUUGAAAAGAAAAUGGCAGGAUUGCUUUUUGCAGUCAGAGAGUAAUUUUAAGGAUAAUGCCGACUUCUCUGCAGCUAAGCAUUGUCGUAUGGAGUUACUGUUGCAGAAGUGUGGAAACAGUGCUGAUACAGCUCUAAAGAGAUGGGAAAGAAUGCAAGAAUCUAUGAAUGAUAUGGGAAAUCAACAUGCCUCGUCAAUUGCUUCACAUGUUAGGAGUAUGUAUCAUAUUAAUGAACAACACAAUGCUGAAAUUGAAGCGGCGAGAAUUAUGGUUGAGGAUGAUAUCAAAAAGAGUACCGAAGAUAUCAUUCGGCAGUUUGAUGGCUUGUCAGAACAAGAGAAAGUGUCAGUUUCUGGAAUUUUGACAACCUCCAGAACCCAUUCAGAAGCACUUGAGAAUCUUCGCAGAGAUCAUUCCCAGCAGUCAGCUUGUAUUGAGCAGCAUGCUAUCGAUACUUUCAGGGAAAAAUACGUGGAUUAUGAGCCCACUGGUACAACACCAAUCAGAUGCGAGGCAGAUAUUCCCAGCAAGACCACCAUCGAGUCACUUCGAGCAAUGCCUAUGGAGACCCUUCAAGAAGAAUUUCGUGAAAACCAUUCAUAUGAAUCAUUUCAAGUGAAGGAACCAAAGCAACCCCUUGCCCCUCGUGCUCCGUUCUCACAGAUCAACUAGUAGCUGAGGUCUUGCAAUUUUUCAUGAUCCCAUUCUAAAUUCUUUGUAAUUUGUACUUCUCAUGUAUACAUGGUAUCAUCAUCAAUCUCAAAAAAAAAAAAAAAAAAAAGAAAAAGAAACGCAGAAAUUUGAAAAGUUGGUGUAGAGAGCUGUAGUUUCAAGUAUUAAAUGCAGGAUGGUUGUAGGGUCAUCAACUCAACAUAAAUCCCUUCUCAGGAUUUACUGGUGUUGUAAGCUUCUGAUUCACGACCUGUUUCUAUUUAAGAUUGGAAAACAGGAAAUAUUGAAUACUUUACCUUC